GCUCGGGCGAGUAUAUAACGCACGAUCGACGCAAGACGUCGGCAUCCAGUCAGUCGACUCCAUCCAGCGUCACCAGCAACAAACAGAAGAGCAUCCAACGCAACCACGACGAUGAAGGUACUUGUCUGUCUCGCGCUUCUCUGCGCCGUCGCCUACGCAUCCGAAUACCGGCAACCGACGGCCGACUACGGCUACGAGAGACCGCAAACCUACACGCGCGCGCCAGAGUACUUCGUCACCUCCCGCUACGGCCCCGUGAAGAGAGGUCACCUCGCCGGACACGGUCAGAGGAGCAGCGGGCUGAACUUCCAGAAGACCGGAACCGCCCACGGAUCUCUGUACGCGCGCGACCUCGCUGAGGCUCAGGAGAGCGCAGCCAAGACAAGAGGCUACCAGUACCAGUACAAAGAGGGACACAAGUACUACCAGCCCAAGAACCUGUACAGCUACAGUGAGUCCGGCCCCAUCAUCGGAUACGAGGACGUCUAUGAGGAGAACGGCUACGAAGCCCCGGCGCACGAGGAUGCCUAUGGCGCCCCAGCCCGCGAAUAUGGUUACGCUGCCCCAUCCCGCAGCUAUGGCAAUGCCGCCCCAUCCCGCAGCUAUGGCAAUGCCGCCCCAUCCCGCAGCUACGGAUAUGCUGCUCCCAGCUACAGCUACCGUCACUAGAAAGGUGGAACAGACAACGAACUGGACGCCCAGCUCGGAUCUCAUUUAGAAAGAAAAAUUAUAAUUUGACAAUUUUCGCCAGUAUAGUUGAGUCAAUGCUGCCGGUCUAUAGAUCCAUACAGCUACAGAUCCGAGAAUUUAUAUAAGACGACCGGUAAAAAAAUCCCGGGAGCACAAGCCGCUCUAACCUAGACUCGAAUUCGGAACAUUCUUACGAAGAAAUUAGUAAGUUACAAUGAAGCUGUCAAUUUUAAAUGCUGCAUCCAUUUCUAGCCUACACGAAUGAAAAACCUACUAGCUUGUACCAGCGAUAUCAACUAAUCUGGGCGUAUUCGCUUUUGACUUUAUAAUGACAAAGACCAAAGACUUACCGUUCUUCGUGAAUGAUGUUUUGUACGUAACCAGCGAAAAAAUACCACGAGGCGAAAGACGCGGGUGUCAAAUAAGUUAUAAUAUGACGUACCCGCGUCACUACACGUGUUAAGGACUGUGAUGACGAACCCUUGCUAUGUACAGAUAAAUGGCACUGCACUUUGGUGGUAGAAUAUUAUGGUUUAUGUAUGUAUUAUACUAUUAUUACCGUGGCCUUAUAAAUGUUACAAUUGCUUAAUUAAGUUAUGAUGAAAAUCAGAAUACCAGCCUGUGAUCGUGCGAUGUGUCGUGUGUGUGGUGUGUGUUUUUUAUACAGUAUACGCGACGACGAGGAGUAUUUUUUAUACAAAAUUCAUUUCAAUUGAAGUGACGGUGUAGGCGUAAUAAAACAAUCAUUGCAAACCGAUA